GCAAAUGCUUGAACUUUUUCUCUUUUUGAUCCCAAUUCCCAAGUUCUAGUUUUUUGCGUGUUUAUCUUUGGGGAAGUAAUUUUCCAAAAUCUUGGGUUAAUCUUAGUAUCUUCAAAGUUGCCUAGCUAGUUAUCUCGUAUGGAAGAGCAUGCUUUGUUCCGUGAUUUUGCUGAUAGAAUGAUGGAGAAGGACAGAGAAAUUUCUAAACUUUUAGAUGAGAACAAGAAUCUUCAAUGAUCUCCGGAACUGAGGCUUACUGUAUGUUUACUUGCUUUUCUCUUUUGUGUAUAACAUGUUGACGAGGAGGUUUUCCAUUUUAUCAUUCGUAGCUGACACUGCAAUGAAUGUUUCAAGCUGGUCAGGGAGAUGAUUACAACAGGGUAUGGUUUCUAUUUUCAUGCUGCUGCUUAACUAAUACUUCGCUAGUUUGGAAAGAAAAUUGAUAUGUACUUCUUGGAUUUAAAUCUAUUGCCAUAUUGUGGACAUUGGACGCCUUACAUUUUUUUCCUUCAAACUGGUAUUAUCAAGUAUGCAGAGACAAGAUGCUCCAAAUAGCACCUCUGCAGCAGAACAGCAGAUUCUGCUUUUGGCAAGACUACAGCAGGCCCUGAGGGAGGAAGAUCUCGCCCAGUCGCAGCGACAUAUUUUAGCACUUCAGGAGGAAAUCGAAGAGCUUGAACGCGAAGACAUACGGUCUGCACUGUCAGCAGGAAGCCAUGUUGAAGGAGGAGCUCAGAAACAUGGAAGAAUGCAAAAGAGAGAUGGUGUUGAUCUGACAUAUCUGAAAAAUGUUAUCCUUAAACUUCUUGAAACACGCACCUGGCCUUGUAGGCCUACUAACUAAUAGUCAGUUUUGUGAUGUACUUCUACCGGUACUUCUACCAGUAUGAUACUGGUUCAAAUUCCUUUUUUCUUAAAAUUUGUGUCUGUUCCAAAAAAAGAAAAAAAGAAAAAAAAAGAGAGAACUUCUUGAGACAGGUAACAGCUAGCAGUUACUUUCAGAGCCAGGAAAUUUGUUUAUUUUUUCUGAAUUUGGUUUAUAUUUUCUAAGUUACGCAUGAAUCAU